AUGACUACAGCAUCAUCAGGUCUUUCACCUGAAGCAAAAGAAUUUGUACCAUUAGUACAAAAUCCAACACCAAGCAUUCCAUUAUAUGUUGAUGAAAAUACAGUAGCGUCUAUUUAUCCUUCUGAUCAACAACCAUUAAUGGUUCAAACAAUAUAUCCAAUGAUGAUAACAAAUUCAAAAAUAACAGAUAAUCUGCAAUUUCCUGAAAUUGAAUUUCAUAUACAACCAUCACAACAACAACAAUUUCAUAUUGAUUCAUGUACAAAUAUUCAACAACAGCAACAACAAUCUUCAUGUAAUGGAAAUACAUCUUCAACUAAUACAUCACAAAUUGUUCUUUUACCAAUAACAAAUCCAACAAAUUCUAUUACAUUAACUGGUUAUUAUCCAGAACCACAAAUAAUUUAUUCAACAAAUGAACAAGUAUCUACAUAUUAUCCAGUUGAUUAUUGUGAACAACCAUUAAUAAAUUUUUCACUUCAACAACCGACAUUAAUAACAAAAUCCAAUCGAAUUUCAUCGCAACAACAAAGAUCUACUUCAUUUCGUCAACAUCAUGGAACAAAUCAUUCAAUACAUCGUCCAUUAUCUCGUGGUGGAAAUCGUGGUGGUAGUGGACAUAAUAAUAAUCGAAAUUCAUAUUAUGAUUAUAAUAAUCGUCGAAAUUGUUCAUCAUAUAUACAAAAUUCUGGACGAGGAAAUUCAACAAAUAGUAAACGAAUAUCAUCAUAUCAUCAACAUGAUUAUAAUAAUUAUUAUCAUUCAUCAUCAUCAUUGAGAUCACGAGGUUAUUUAUCACGUACAUCACAACAAUAUGAUGAACGUCGUAAAGACCAUUUUCAUGAUUAUUAUAAUCAAGAAAAUGAUUUUUAUGAAAAUGAUUCUCAACAAUCAAGUCAUAUUAAUGAUGAUGGUACACAAUUUGAAUUUCGACCAGAAGAUUUUCCAAGUUUACCUAUUAAUAAUCAACCAUCUGAUAAAACUUCAUCUUCAAUGAUUAUGCCAACUAAUACAAAACCGACAUCAUCUUGGAAUACAAUUGUAUCUGCUUCACGUCCUCGUUCUACUUCUCCACAUUCUGUUCUUCAAUCUCAAGAUCAACGAUCUGAUCGAAGUCGUUCAUUUAAUAAUAAAUUAUCAUCAAAUAAUGAACGAAAAUCAUCUAUAAAAAAGCCGAUCCUUGAAACAAAAACAACAACGAAAUCACCGAAUCGUGCUUCCAAAAAUCAUUCUCCAGAAAAACAACAACAACAACAACGUUCACAAUCAUUAAUCAAUAAUAAUCCUUCAAUUAUUGAAAAUAAUAUUCAAAAAGAUGAUACUAAAGAUGAUGGUUUUAUUCAAACAAAACAACAACAUCGACGUUUAAAACGUAGAAAUAAAAAUAAAGAAGAAUCAUCAACAUCUCUUAUUGAACAAUCACUUACAAAUGAAACAGCUCCAUAUAUUCUUGAUGAUGAAAAUGCUUUUCCUACUUUAGGACAACAAACAUCUCAUUUAACAACAACUAAUCAAAAAACCGAAAAUGAUUCUACUCAAGAAUUGAUACAUAAAUCAAAUUCAAAAACACAUCAAACCUGUUUAACUGAUAUGUUUAAUACAUUAAGUACAACAACACAAGAAAAUUCUAAUCAUAAAACAAGUACUAUAACAAUAAACAAUACAACUAAUUCAUUUGAUUCAAAAUCAAUAUCGAAAAAUGUUAAAGAACGUGAACAACCUAAAUCACGUAAAUCAACUAAACUUAAACGUAGUAUUAAUAAAGAAUUUGAAGAUAGUCAAAAACAACGACAAGAAUCUUUCUCGAAAGUAAUAAUAGAAAAGUCAUCGGAUGAAAAAAUUGUUCAAAAUGAAACUGAUACAAAUAUAGAGAAUGUUAUAGAAACAGAUCAUCAAAAUUCAAAUCCAUUAUCUUCAAGCAGUAAUAAUAGUAGUGACACCAGUGAUUAUGAUGAUGCAGUUGACAAUUUUGAUGAUGAAUGA